CCCGCUGUUUCCUCUCUUCUCUCUCUCUCCAUCCUCAUUCUUUUCUCCAAUCUCCCUCUUCUUUCUUCAUCUCUCGCUUCUCCUUUUUCCCUCCGACAAACCUAAAACGAAGAUUCUCUCCGUAAAAUCGCUUUUGAAAUUACUGUACCCCUCUUUCCACCACCGCAGAUUCCCCUGGCGGCGGACACAUGGCCGCGACAUCGAACUCCGGCGAAGAUCCGGUUCUCUAUAACCACCACCGACCUCCUUUCCGCUUCGAGCUACUCCAAUCUCUCUCCCCCACUGAUCCGCGUUACUCUUCCUCGUCGAAUCCUUCCUCUACGAAUCGGCCUUCCUCCGUCUCUGAGCCGCUUCCGAAUUCACAAUCUCCGCAAAUUCCAGCUCACUGGGACGAGUCCUACUCGCCAAUCACUCAGAAAUUUCAGAAGAGCAGAAAGAAUCAUCGUAUCCAGCUUGGUUCCAUUCCAAACAUGCCUGGAGAAACCAUAGAUAUAGCUAAAGUAACAGUGAAACAAGAAUCUCCCCAAGACGUUAAACGUGGGUACAAGACAAAGGGAGCUAAACAGCCAAAGCAUGGGAAGCGAGAUGCGCAAAACGGUGGGAUGAACGUAGCUACGAAUAACUGCCGUUAUGAUAGUUCUCUAGGUUUGUUGACAAAGAAAUUCGUCAAUUUGAUCCGGGAAGCUGAGGAUGGAUCACUUGACCUCAACUAUUGUGCAGAUGUUUUGGAGGUACAAAAGAGAAGGAUAUAUGAUAUUACAAAUGUCCUUGAAGGAAUUGGAUUGAUAGAGAAAACUACAAAGAACCAUAUCCGCUGGAAAGGUGUUGACAAUCUUGGACAGAACAGCCUGGGAGACCAAAUCGCUAGGCUUAAGUUAGAAGUAGAAAGUAUGCAAUCUGAGGAAAGCAGGUUGGAUGAGCUUAUAAGGGAAAGACAAGAAGCUCUGAGAUCCUUGGAGGAAGAUGAAUAUUGUAGAAGGUACAUGUUUAUGACGGAGGAAGAUAUAACUAGUCUCCCACGGUUUCAGAACCAAACACUACUGGCAAUUAAAGCUCCUAUAGCUAGUUAUAUCGAAGUUCCAGAUCCUGAUGAGAUGAGUUUUCCGCAAAGACAGUAUCGGAUGGUGAUUAGGAGUAGAAUGGGACCGAUUGAUGUCUACCUUUUAAGCAAAUACAAAGGAGACAGUAUGGAAACAAGUGGGUCUGAUCAAAAUGCUGCAUCUGGAGUUGACACUCCUUCCUUGAAAAUAGUAACUUCAGAUACUGACUUAAAAACAGAUUACUGGUUCGAGUCAGAUGCAGAAGUGAGCCUCACAGAUUUAUGGAACAACUUUUGCUGAAAACUCUAAGUUAUUGAAACAUCAAACAUUUCAAUUCCUUCGGGGUGGAAGAAUGAAGUAAUACCAAUUUACAUGUUACGUUUUACUGCGACUUUGAGCCUAAAUCCUUAUAGUUUUUUUUUGUUUCCUUUCUCUUGUUUUAAUAAAUUAAAGAUGCCACAUUCUAAUGUCAAGAUAUAUAUAUGUCUGGACAAUUAUGUGAUAAAACUUGUAUUUUUAAUAAAAAUAUAUAACAUUAUAUUUUGGCCUU